UGCUGGCUCUCUCUCUUUCUCUCUCUCUGUCUCACUCUCUCUCUCUCUCCUAUCCGAGCACAAUGAAAGCCUGUGUAUCUCCGUGACUCCGGGCAGUGGAGCGAGUGUCAGCAAAGCGGCCAACAACAGAGGAGAAAGAGAAAGGAAAAUACCAGCUACUUUUUUUUUUUUCCAUAUAUCUAAAUCGGAGCGAUCCAAGAAAUUCACAUUGGUCAUUGCGAGUCUAAACCCCGCAGAUCAACUGGCCGGGGAUGGAAUGUACAAAAACAGAAAGGAAAGUGACUGGACGUUACUUGGUGCAAUACGCUGGAAGUUUGCUAUUCCUCUACCCCUUAACUUCUUCACUUCUCCUCCAAGCCUCAGUUUCUCCAUACAUACUCUAUACAUGUGGCACUGAAAAUAGAGCCUAUAUCAUCAUCACCACCACCACCACCAUCAUUAUUGAAAACUCACAAGUUUCCAGCACUAGCCAGUAUUAACCACCACAAUAUCCCAGAGGCAGCAAUCAUUGUGGCCAAUAGGAUGGGGGACACGGCUCCCCCUCAGGCCCCAGCAGGUGGGUUAGGGGGGGCUCCUGGAGCAGGGCUCCUUGGAGGAGGCUCAGUUGCCCCCAGAGUACACAGUGCUAUUGUGGAACGUCUGCGUGCCCGCAUCGCCAUCUGCCGCCAGCAUCACCUAAGCUGCGAGGGACGCUAUGAGCGGGGUCGAGCUGAGAGCUCAGAUCGAGAACGGGAGAGCACCUUGCAGCUCCUGAGUCUUGUGCAGCAUGGUCAGGGUUCAAGAAAGGGUGGCAAACACGCUAAGGCUAAUGCCAAUGCCACGGCCACCGCAGCACCUCCUCCCACUGCUGCUGCUCCUCCUCCUCCUCCUCCAACAGCAGCAACAGCAGCAGCAGCACCAGCCCCACCUCCUCCACCAGAUUAUCACCACCACCACCACCAUCACCCACAGCACCUGCUCAACAAUGGCAGUAACUCUGGUGGGAGUGGGAUCAAUGGGGAGCAGCACCAGCAGCAGACACCUCCCACUUCAGCUACUGGGGACCAGAGGAACUCAGCCCUGAUUGCGCUUCAGGGUUCCUUGAAGAGAAAGCAGGUGGUGAACCUGUCUCCAGCCAACACCAAAAGGCCCAAUGGCAUUGUGGAGAACUCCUUCCUGGAUAUUAAGAGAAUACGAGUAGGGGAAAAUCUCCCUGCAGGACAAACUGGACAUCAUGUCAACAACGGGCAAGGCCAGUUAAUGCCUAUGAGCCAGGGGCCUCUGAGGAAGGCCAGCACCCUUCCAGCUAGUGCCCAUUCUCCUGGGAAUGGUAUGUAUAACCUGGGACUAAAGGAGGUCAAGAAAGAACCUGGGGAGACAGUGUCUUGCAGCAAGCAUUUGGAUGGUCAGAUGACACAGGAAAAUAUAUUUCCCAAUAGAUAUGGAGAUGCCUCUGGGGAACAGAUGAUGAUGGAUCCAGAGCUCCAGGAGUUGUUUAAUGAGCUGACAAAUAUAUCUGUGCCUCCUAUGAGUGACCUGGAGCUGGAAAAUAUGAUCAAUGCAACCAUAAAGCAGGAUGACCCAUUUAACAUUGAUUUGGGCCAGCAGAACCAGAGGAGCACUCCAAGACCCCCUUUGCAGAUGGAGAAGAUGGUGAUCAAGAGUGAGUACUCACCAGGCUUGACCCAGGCCCCAGUUGGUUCCCCUCAGUUGAGGCCACCCUCAACAGGACCUGCCUUUUCUAUGGCCAGUUCUGCCCUUUCUACUUCUUCCCCAAUCCCCUCUGGACCCCCAAGCCAGAAUCAGCCCCAGGCUUCUUCAGGGGCAAGUAGGCCCCUGACCAACUGGCAAGAAGUGUCUCAUGCUCAACAACUCAAGCAGAUAGCUGCCAAUCGUCAGCAGCAUGCCCUAAUCCAGCAGCAGCAGCAGCAGCAGCAACAACAACAACAACAACAACAACAGCACCAGCCAAACCAGCCUUCCAGCUGGUCAGCCUUGUCCCCUGCGGUGCCUUCUCCAGGGCCAUUUGGCCAGGAGAAAAUUCCCAGUCCUUCCUUCCGUCAGCAACAGUUCAGCCCACAGAGCCCAGCCAUCCCUGGGGUGCCGGUGAAUGGCAGUCAGUCAAAAGCUAUGGCCAACUACAUGUACAAAGCAAGUCCUACCACCCAGGGCAGUCACCUGGACGUCCUCAUACAACAAAAGUCUCAGGACAUCAACAGAAACUUCAUGAGCAACCCUCACCCACCUUUGGAGCCGCAUCAUGGCAACACCAAGCCCUUGUUCCACUUUAACUCAGAACAAGCAAACCAGCGAUUGCCUUCAGUUUUGGCUUCCCAAAGCAAGCCUUCUCUUCUGCAUUAUACCCAGCAACAGCAGCAGCAGCAGCCGCCACAGCAGCAGCAGCAGCAGCAGACAUCACAACAGCAGCAGCAGCAGCCACCACCACUACCACCACCUCCACCACAGCAACAACAAAGCUCAGUUGUUGCACAGCCACAGCCGCAGCAGCCACAGCCGCAGCAACCACCCCAGUCCCAAACCCUGUCUACACAGACUCUUCUAAGGUCAUCCCUCCCACUACAGCAAAAGAUCAUGCUUCAGAAGAUGCAAGGUCAGCCCAUCUCUGGAUUGCCCUAUGCAGUCUCUCAGCAACAUAGACAGGAUCAACACUCUGUGGUAGGCCAGAACACAGGCCCCUGUCCAAGUUCCACUUCUUGCUCAAAUCCAAACACUGGAAGUAGUUACAUGAACUCCCAGCAAUCGAUGUUGAAUCAGCAACUGAUGGAGAAGAAACAGGCUAUCCAGAGGCAGAUCAUGGAGCAGAAACAGCAUCUCCUCCUUCAGCAGCAGCACAUGCUUGCAGAUGCGGAGAAAAUUGCUUCACAAGAUCAGAUAAACAGACAUUUGACAAGGCCGCCCCCAGAUUAUAAAGACCAAAGAAGAAACAUGGUCAACAUGCAACCAACAAGUCAAUAUUCUGGAGGCUCAGCAACAGUGAAUUUAAACUCGAAUCAUGCUUUGACAAACCCUGCUUCCACACAUAGCAUCUUGACCCAAACUUCCAACCUCCCGUCCACUUCCCAAGGAACAAGAAUGCCUUCUUUACCAGCUGUCCGUAAUAUUGGGAUAUAUGGAAACAUGCCUUGCAACCAACCUGGUACAUACAGCGUCACUUCAGGAAUGACUCAAAUGACCCAGCACAGAAAUACCAACCAAAUGAUUGCCAGUCAAAAUAAUCCCAUGUUGCUUCGGCCCUCCACCCUUGGGCCUGGGAAUAACCAUAGUGUGAGCACUUUUGGGUCUGGCUCUAUUGCCAGUCCCCAACAAGUGAGACCAAACUUAAACCCUGGUGUCACAAGCAUCCCAGCCCAGAGACCACCGAAUGUCAUGAUCACUUCCAGCACAACAGCACCAACCUGGGCCUCCCCAGAAGCCUCAGCCAAGCAGCAAGAGGCCCUGAAGCCAACGGGAGUGCGUUUCCCUACUGGCACACCUGCAACAGUGUACACUUCCAAUCAGUCUUUGCAGCGUGCCGUGGGCAACCAGCAAUUUUCCCAGCGUGCCGUGGCUCCUCCUAGCCAGCUGACACCAGCAGUGCAAAUGAGACCCAUCAAUCAAAUGAGCCAGACAUUAAAUGGACAAACUCUUGGGUCACUCAGAGGUCUGACUCUCAGACCGAAUCAGCUAAGCACACAGACUUUGUCAGGAACUGGGUUGAAUCAGGCCGGGACAGGCAUAACUCAGGCACCGUCCCUGCCUUCCAACAGCUUUCCUGCUACAAACCAAAGUGCCAGGGCCUUCCAAGGAACUGACCAUGGCAGUGACUUAGCUUUUGACUUUCUCACCCAACAGACUGAUAACAUGGGACCAGCACUGAAUAGUGACUCCGACUUCAUAGAUUCCUUACUGAAAACCGAGCCUGGCAAUGAUGACUGGAUGAAAGACAUCAAUCUUGAUGAAAUCUUGGGCAGCAAUUCAUGAAGGCAAGAAGGGAUGGGAACUACAAACUCCAAGCACUAAAAGGCAGUAUUUUAUAUGGACUCUGUAAAGGUUAAGCUGUUGACUUUUAGUUUUUCCUUUUAGUGGAACUGUGUAGAUACCGUAGCUUAACAUUGAGAAACAAAAGAGUGAUUGCUGUAUUGAAAAUGUUGAUACAAAAAAAAAUUUCCCCAAAUAGUGAACUUGAUGAAAGUAAAGUUUGAGAUGAGUUUCAUAGCUCUGAAUUAUAGGAUAGGAUAUCCAAUUCAUUCAAAUGGAACUGUGAUGUCAAUGUAUAUUUUUCUUGGGUAAAACGGGCCACAAAACCUCUUUCUUCCCUUCCUCCCUAAAAGAAAAUUGAUGGGAAUUUGUAAAUCACUUACUUAAGCUCAAGUGAUGCAGGGGAACUGGCUCUAAAGGGAACACAGAGUAACAGAUUCUCACACUUGAUUGCUCUUUGUGCUGUUUUAGCUUUAUCUCUGGUUUAUUAUUUUAAACCAACUAGAGCUUCUUCCAGAGAAAACUACAAGAUCUGUUUGGAAUGUAAGAAAAUUGACCUGAGUAAGCAAGGGCCUGGAGUGAGUCCAGCAGGCUCUGGGCCUCUCCCCACCCACCUUGUGCUGCCAUAUGCCACUCUUGGUGGAACAGACAACCAAGGCUACUGUUCCUAGUGUUGAAACCAGGAGUUUAAGUUGUGCAGCCUCAGGAGGGGCUCUUUUGACUGAAUCCACAACUGAGUCCCCAAUCCAUUCCCAAGUUUUAUAUGCAACCAAGACCUGGAUCAAAAGUUGCUGCAUGCCUGUCUGUAUGCAUUAGAUUUCACUCUUUUUUGAAUCACUCACACAACUACAAUGUUCGAAAAAUGUCCAGCUGGGCAUUGUCAUAAAAGGGAUUUAUUUGGCUUACAACUGUAAUUGGAAGCAGGGAGGGGGUGGAGGAUUUGUUGUGAAAGUUCUCUCUGGUCAGUUCUGAUGAUGAUUGAAAUUGAAACCCACCCUGUUUCCUGAUCUGACAAAAGAUAGAUUUCUAAGUCCAGGAAGGUUGGGAAUGAUCACCAAAGCUUAAAUUCCAUACAGUCUUCUCUGAUGGCAAAAAGAGACAGGAUGCUCUAGAAGGAACCAAAACUGGCAAACUAAGGGAAAGUAUGCUGCCUUUGGUGAACAGCCAAAACGUACCUGUCCCGUGUCAUGAAAGUUCAUACACCCUCCAUUAAGUCUUCAACCCAUCACUCAAUGUAAGGAAGGAAACCUAUUAAGGCUAGAUAUAGCCUCUAUGCCCAGGAUUCAAAAUCUAGGUUUCUACUUUCAGAGUCACCCCCACUGCCUCACUGAAUGAAUGACUGAGUGACCCCAGGUGAGUAAUUUUGCUUAUUUGACCUACACACAAUUCUCCUGGAGAAUAGGAUUGAUCUCACUGCAAGUGGCAUAGUCGUUCUUUUCUGCCCUUUCAGUCCUACACCUAAGUAAUCACACCUUGAAAUCACACCAUUUCACUCAUGCCCAAAGCUGAAAAUGUCAAAUCUAUAAAAAUAAUAACUCACCAGUCAUUCUUUAAUAUGACUUAAGUGCACUGUCCCACCUUCCGUCAGGCAGCAUCCACACCACUGGCCCAGGAUCUUCUCAGUGUUGGCUUGUAAAUAUAAAGAAAUUAUUUGUUUUGUAAACUUUUGUAAAAAAAUAUUUUGGUAGAAAUAAUUAAAAACAUAUUCUUUGGGUUAUAUUUAUACAUAUGUGAAAUAAAUAUACUAUCAGAAAGUUAUAUUUUAUACAAAAAGUAAAUUGUUACCUUUUGUAUGCUAAUAUACAAAGUUUUUGUAUAAUACAAUGGUUUAUUUUUUGCUCCACGCCUAAACUGCAGGUGGCCAACUGGGAAUUUUAGAAAACGAUUAACAGGCUUACAGAUAAAUGUACAUUAUGAAACCUCCAUAAAUGGCAUUCCAGGUUUCAAGCCUUUUUUUUUUUGCUUUCUGCAGUCAUAUUAUUUUUUGAACCCAUAGUUCUUGUGUUUUUCUUUUGUUACACUGUGUGUACUGUAUUGUUCUUCACUGCACGUGGUCUGUUCUGUGCUGUUCCAUUUUAUAAAGCAGUGUUUCCUCCAAGCAAAAGGAAAGGAAAAGCAACUGUACAUAAACACUUAUGUUUUCUGUCUUCUCUGUGUUACUGUAUAUACCAGCUAGCACUCAGCAGUUGUACAUCUUUGAUUCAGCUUCUAUUUUUACCCUAACAAAUAGUAUGUUUUGAAGUAGCUCUCAAAUUUAAGCAGAGUAAGCCAAUCAGAGUAUUUGGAAUUGCUUCUUUCUUAAUGUGAAUUUCAUCAUUCAUGUCUAUUUAUUCAGCUACUCAUUAAAAUGCAGGAAAAUGAUGGGGAAAAUGAUGGCUCCUAUAUUUCCUCUUUGCUCACAUCCUACUCCCAACAAUAAUGGGAUUUUCCUGAAAGUUGAGAAAAGUUUGAAACAUGCGAUAUAGCCACAACUUUGGAAUUUAUGACUUAAGAGCUGCUGGAAUACAAUCUCCCUUUGAAAGAAAUACCAGACUAUUGAAUUGAUGGCAUUGUUGUUCGUCCUGACAUAUAGGAGAUAGAAUUAACUUUAAAAAAGAAAAGAUUAAAGGUCUAAAGGGUAAUUUCAGCAAACAGUUCCUUCUAUGCUUUGUUUUAAACCCAAAUGACAAGGAAAAAUAAAAGUCUAUAUUAUAAAUGAAUGAACUAAUAUUGCUUGCAUCUGUGUAUCAUGACAUAUACCCGUUACUGUAAAGAUUCCAAUAUGUAAACAAUUAUUUUGUAU